GGCCGGGCCGCGCCGGGCCGGGCCGGGCGGGGGGCGCCAUGGCGGUGCCCUUCGUGGCGGACUGGGACCUGGUGCAGACGCUGGGCGAAGGCGCCUACGGCGAGGUGCAGCUGGCCGUGAACCGCCGCACGGAGGAAGCCGUGGCCGUGAAGAUCGUGGACAUGAAGCGGGCGGCCGACUGCCCGGAGAACAUCAAGAAGGAGAUCUGCAUCAACAAGAUGCUCAACCACGAGAACGUCGUGCGCUUCUACGGGCACCGGCGGGAGGGCGCCACGCAGUACCUCUUCCUCGAGUACUGCAGCGGCGGCGAGCUCUUCGACCGCAUCGAGCCCGAUGUCGGCAUGCCCGAGGCGGAGGCGCGGCGGUUCUUCCAGCAGCUCAUCGCCGGCGUGGUCUAUCUGCACAGCAUCGGCAUCACCCACCGCGACAUCAAGCCCGAAAACCUGCUGCUGGACGAGCGAGACAACCUCAAAAUCUCCGAUUUCGGCCUGGCCACCGUCUUCAAGCACAACGGCCGCGAGCGGCGCCUCAACAAGAUGUGCGGCACCCUGCCCUACGUGGCGCCCGAGCUGCUGCGGCGCGCCGACUUCCGCGCCGAGCCCGUCGACGUCUGGGCCUGCGGCAUCGUGCUCACAGCCAUGCUGGCCGGAGAGCUGCCCUGGGACCAGCCCAGCGACAACUGCCAGGAAUACAGCGACUGGAAGGAGAAAAAAACCUACUUGUCCCCUUGGAAAAAAAUCGACUCGGCGCCCUUGGCGCUGCUGCACAAGAUCCUGGCGGAGAGCCCGGCGGCGAGGAUCACCGUGGCCGACAUCGGCAAGGACCGCUGGUACAGCCGGCCGGCCAAGAGGGGCGGCGAGCGGGCCGGCGGCGACUCGCCGGGCGGCGGCAAGCGCGGGCGCUCCGAGACGGGCUCCGAGACGCUAAGUGAGGAGAAGGCGAGUUACUCCACGUCGCAGCCCGAACCCGGCACCGGCGCGGCGCUCUGGGACGGCGGCCCGGCCGCCAUCGACAAGCUCGUGCAAGGCAUCAGCUUCUCGCAGCCGGCGUGCGCCGAGCACAUGCUGGUGAACAGCCAGCUGCUGGGCACCCCCGGCUCCUCGCAGAGCCCGUGGCAGCGCCUGGUGAAGCGGAUGACGCGGUUCUUCACCAAGCUGGACGCCGACUGCUCGUACCGGACCCUCAGGGAGGUGUGCGAGAAGAUGGGCUACGGCUGGAAGAAGAGCUGCACGAACCAGGUCACCGUCUCCACCACCGACCGGAGGAACAACAAGCUCAUCUUCAAGGUGAACCUGGUGGAGAUGGAGAGCAAGAUCCUGGUGGACUUUCGCCUCUCCAAGGGCGACGGCUUGGAGUUCAAGCGGCAUUUCCUGAAGAUCAAGGCCAAGCUGGGCGACGUCGUCAGCGCCCACAAAGUGUGGGUGCCCCCGAGCUGAGCCGCCCGCCCCGGGGCCGCUGCUUCCUCCUCCUCCUCCUCCUUCUCGCCGAGGGAAGAAGCCGCUUUCCCGCGGUCCCUGCCCCUCGGCCUCCCCCGUUUUCCCGGGCGUUUCCCGCGGGCGCUGCGCUCGGGGAGCUUCAGCGCUUGGCGGAGAGGUUUUUAAUUGGUUUCUUAAUAAAAAAGAAUAAAUGCAAGAAAAUAAGGCGAAAAGCAGUGGGCAGGGGCGGGCGGCUGCUGCGAGGGGCGAGGAGGGUGUUUUCCCCUCUUUUGGUUCUUUUUUGGGGGGCACUUUUUUUACUACGACAAUAUUUUAGGAAAAUAAAGU